AUGGAUCAAGUGGUCCAGACCUAUCAGUGUUCAGCCCCGGUUUGGAGCUGUUGCUGGGCCUCACCGGAACCCCAUCGAUUUUUCGCAGGAUGUUCAAAUGGUGCGGUUUUAAUGUUUGAUGUGCGUGUGACUUCCGGUCCGAUCACUACUCUCUCUGUACAGGACAAUGCAGCCCCAGUCAUCGGUCUGCAGUAUUUGCCUCCUAAUCACGAUCGUCCCGACUGUCCCGGUGGUGGCCUGCUCGUGGGUCAAUUAACUAAGGUUACUUUCUUGUCCGAAGAUUCUGCAAAUUCCGCUUCUGAUGGACCAUCCCGAACACCUCCAUUCGCCGGAGAUAAUUCUGAAGCUCAUCCGCCUGGAUCAGGUCGUCAGUCUCCAGACCUGUUCGGAACAAAUUCCAACCCUCCCGCUCCUCAUCCGUUUGCCCAGUGUCCAUCAUAUCGACCGCAUAGUCUUCCACUAGAGGGCAGUUUGGCAUCUCUUAGCCUUGUUCCUGGUUCCUGUCACUUCCUAGCCUCUUACCGACCAACGCAACGAUUACCUCGGGUGCGCCAUGUAUUGGCUCAGUUGUAUAUGGAUCGAUCCACUGAAUCUCCUCCUAUGCAAUCCGCGAGGGCAUCUGGCUAG